AUGGAUUUGGUGAACCACCUGAACGAUAGAUUGCUGUUUGCAAUCCCAAAGAAAGGACGUUUAUAUUCCAAAUGUGUCUCCAUUUUAAAUGGUGCAGACAUUAGCUUCCAUCGUUCCCAAAGACUAGACAUAGCAUUAUGCACAAGCUUACCUAUAGCAUUGAUUUUUUUGCCUGCUGCGGAUAUUCCGACUUUUGUUGGAGAAGGUAAAUGUGACCUUGGUAUAACUGGUGUUGACCAAGUUCGUGAGUCUGACGUCGACGUAAACUUAGCAAUUGAUUUACAAUUUGGUAACUGUAAAUUGCAAGUGCAAGUCCCGGUAAAUGGAGAAUAUAAAAAACCAGAACAAUUGAUCGGUAAGACCAUUGUCACAAGUUUUGUUAGAUUGGCUGAAAAAUACUUCGCAAAAUUGGAAGGUACUACUGUAGAAAAAAUGUCUACAAGAAUAAAGUAUGUCGGUGGUUCCGUAGAGGCAUCAUGCGCUCUCGGAAUUGGUGAUGCUAUUGUGGAUCUUGUGGAAAGUGGUGAAACAAUGAGAGCUGCUGGUUUGAUUGAUAUUGAUACAGUUCUAGGCACAAGUGCCUAUCUAAUAGAAUCGAAAAACCCUACGAGCGAUAUUAGUUUGAUCGCUACUAUCAAGUCAAGAAUCGAAGGUGUCAUGACCGCCCAACAGUUUGUUUCAUGUAUUUAUAACGCUCCCGAAAAUAAACUACCUGAACUGUUGAAGGUGACACCCGGCCGUAGAGCGCCAACCAUCUCCAAGAUUGGUGAUGAGGGAUGGGUUGCCGUCAGUUCCAUGAUCGAGAGAAAGACAAAAGGUGUUGUUUUAGAUGAAUUAAAAAGACUCGGUGCAUCUGAUAUCAUGGUCUUCGAAAUUUCUAAUUGUCGUGUAUAA